AGUCAAAUCUGUAUUUGUUGUAAAUAUCUGAAUGGUUCGGGCUGUCAUCUGGUUGAUAAAAAACUCGUGUACAAAUUUUUAUUAGUUUUGUAACUGGUCAAAGUACAAUUUCGCUUUUGGUGUUGGUUCAGUCGAUCGGCCGGUUUUUGUGCGGCGAAGUCAUCAAUACAACUCCGGUGCAGUUUGUUCUAAAUUAUAUUAAUCACCAUGUCGAGCGUAAGGUUAUUUGGGGCCUUGUACAAACGAGUUUUAAUUAAUACGAAAAUAGCCGGACAGCUACCAAUUAGACUCAUGGCUACUGCUGCAGCGGAACGAAAACACACCAAAUUAAAGGUGGUUGAUAAUGUUGGAGUUAUUGUUCUUGAUUCACCAGAUGCCAAAGUUAAUUCAUUAGGACAGGAAGUAAUGACUGAAAUGGAUUCGAUUUUACAAGAAAUCGACGCUAAUCCAUCCAUUCAAGCUGCAGUUUUAAUUUCAGGCAAACCAGGAUGUUUCAUAGCUGGUGCGGACAUCACCAUGUUAGAAAAAUGUAAAACUCAAAAUGAAAUGACUCAAAUUUCGAAAUCUGGCCAACAAAUUUUGGGUGCUAUUGAGAGUAGUAAGAAGCCGAUUGUAGCAGCUAUUCAAGGAUCUUGUCUUGGAGGCGGAUUAGAAGUCGCGCUUUCUUGCCAUUACAGAAUAGCUGUUAAAGACAAAAAAACCGGUUUAGGAUUACCAGAAGUUAUGCUUGGUUUACUUCCUGGUGCUGGAGGAACUCAACGUUUACCAAAAUUAAUUAAUGUCCCAAACACAUUAGACAUCGCAUUAACUGGCAAAACGGUUAAACCAGAUAAAGCAAAAAAAUUGGGAAUGGUCGAUAUGCUUGUAGACCCCUUAGGGCCCGGUUUAGUCCCUCCAGAAGUUGCCACACGAAAAUAUUUAGAAGAUGUUGCUGUUCAAGUAGCCAAACAAAUGGCCAGUGGAAAACUUAAAGUCGAUCGUACCAAAAAAGGAUUGAUGGAUAAAAUUUUUAAUUUUGCAUUGCAAUAUAAUUGGGUUAAAGAUCAGAUUUUUGGAAAAGCCAGAAAGCAAGUCAUGAAAAUGUCUGGGGGGCUUUAUCCUGCUCCACUCAAGAUUUUAGAUGUUGUUCGUACAGGAUUAGACCGAGGUGAAAGAGCUGGAUUUGAAGCUGAAGCACUAGCGUUUGGUGAAUUAGCAAUGACAAAUCAAUCGAAAGGUUUAAUCGGUUUAUUCCGCGGCCAAACUGAGUGUAAAAAGAACCGCUUUGGGAAACCGGAACACCCAAUAAACACCGUUGCCGUUGUUGGAGCUGGUUUGAUGGGUGCUGGUAUCGCACAUGUAUCAAUCGAUAAAGGCUAUAAAGUUAUUAUGAAAGACACGAAUUUGCAAGGUUUAAACCGCGGUGUUGGCCAAAUUCAAACCGGUUUACAAAAUGCUGUUAAAAGGAAGAAAAUUAACAAUUUGGAAAGAGAUAAAUAUUUAGCCGGGUUAGUACCAACACUGAAUUAUAACGAUUUUAAAGACGCCGAUAUUGUAAUUGAAGCCGUUUUUGAAGACAUCAAUGUGAAGCACAAAGUUAUCAAAGAAAUCGAAGCCAACACCCCAGCUCAUUGCAUUAUUGCCACAAACACCAGCGCUAUCCCGAUUACUAAAAUAGCAGCUGGAUCUUCAAAACCAGAAAAAGUUAUUGGGAUGCAUUAUUUCUCCCCAGUAGAUAAAAUGCAACUUUUAGAAGUCGUAACUCAUCCAAAAACUAGUCAAGACACUUGCGCAGCUGCCGUUGAGGUUGGAUUAAAACAAGGAAAAGUUGUGAUUACUGUUGGGGAUGGUCCCGGAUUUUACACAACUAGGAUUUUAUCUACAAUGUUAUCAGAAGCUAUUCGAUUACUCCAAGAAGGUGUUGAUCCAAAAGAAUUGGAUACUUUAACGAAGAAGUUUGGUUUCCCCGUGGGGGCGGCUACUUUAGCUGAUGAAGUUGGGUUGGAUGUUGGUGCUCAUAUUGCAGCUGAUUUAUCAAAGGCAUUUGGUGAAAGAAUGAGUGGGGGAGAUUUAAAUAUUAUGAAAGAUAUAGUUCAAGCUGGUUGUCUUGGAAGAAAAUCUGGAAAAGGAAUUUUCGUUUAUGAAAAGGGAAGUAAAAAUCGCGAUGUAAACCCCGAGGCGAUUGAUAUCUUAAAGAAAUAUUCGCUGGAACCUAAAGGUUCAUUUAGCGAUGAAGAUAAACAAUUAAGGAUGGUAUCUCGUUUUGUAAAUGAUGCGGUUUUGUGCCUUGAAGAAAAAAUUUUGGCCAGCCCACUUGAAGGCGAUAUUGGCGCCGUUUUCGGUCUUGGAUUCCCGCCAUUUACCGGCGGCCCAUUCCGUUGGGUGGACCAAUUUGGCGCCGGCCAAUUAGUCGCAAGAAUGGAACAAUAUCAAUCUUUAUAUGGAGCACCGUUCAAACCAGCUCAAAUGUUGAUCGAUAUGGCCAAAGAUCCAUCUAAGAAAUUCUAUUCGAGUUAAAGCGUUUUGUGUCUUCCAUUUCCCUUAUCCCCACGUGCUCUCAUUGGUGGCCUUUUAUAUAUUUUUUCUUACAUCUAUUUUAUACAUAAAUACUUAGUUAUUAAGGAGAUAUUUUAAAGAAAAUAAAAUUUGUU